AUGCUGCAGUCCUUCGGCCCGAAGCCUCAGUUCAAGUUUGCUGCUGCCAAACUCGAUGCGGCGCUGUGUGAACGAAUGGCCGCCGCCUCGAGGAGAACUCCCCCAGUACAAAUUGGGAACUUGCCGCUGCAGCAGCAGCAGCUGCAGCAGCAGCAGCAGCAGCAGCUGCAGCAGCAGCAGCAGCAGCUGCAGCAGCAGCAGCAGCAGCUGCAGCAGCAGCAGCAGCAAAACGGGUAUCGGCUCUCACGGAAACGGCAGCGCUGCACGGGGAACAACUGA